GAGUUACCUGUCCUCAAUCCGCCACACAACGUAUCUUAAAAUCUGAAUUUAUUAACACAGAUCUACCAGCACCCGUGAUUAACACAGGAAACAGCAGCGAAAUGGCGCUCCCAAAGGAGAUGCAAGCCCUUGUGUUGGGCGACAAUGGCGGUCAUUCGGUGAAAGCGAUCCCAUUGCCAAAGCUACGUCCAAGUUACGUCUUGAUCAAAGUCGAGUCUAUUGCUUUAAAUCCCACAGACUGGAAACAUGCUUUCUUUGGCCGCGGAGCAAUACCAUUCAGCAUCCUAGGUUGUGAUUACGCAGGAACAGUCAUAUCCAUCGGCGCCGAGGUAACGAAGCCAUUCAAGGUCGGCGAUAGAGUCUAUGGCUGUGCUCACGGUGGCAAUUUCAAUGAAGCGUACGAUGGUGUUUUUGCUGAAUAUGCUAUGGUGAAAGGAGAUGUCGCGAUGCAUGAACCAACAAGUUCUGCUCUUGACUUGAGUGAUUUGUGUACUAUUCCUCUGGGAAGUAUCACUGUUGGACAAGGACUAUUCCAGCCGGACAAGGGUCUCGCACUGGCCUGGCCAGAUGAAGAAAAAGAGAUUACAAACGAAUGGUUGUUGAUAUACGGGGGAAGCACGGCUACUGGCAGUCUGGGUAUCCAAUUCGCAAAACUGGCAGGGUAUAAAAUCAUUACUACCUGUUCCCCGAGAAACAACGAUUUAGUCAAAUCCCGUGGCGCCGAUGAAGUUUUGGACUACAACGAUCCUGAAUGCGGUCACAAAAUUCGACUCUUAACAAAGAACAAACUAAGGUAUGCUUGGGAUACAAUCGGGAGCGGAGAGUCCGCGAAAAUCUGUCACGAUUCGCUCAGUGAUGAUCCCUCGAUCAUUAACCACUAUGGCUCUAUUCUAAUGACCAAGUUCCCGGGAGAAGGGGCAAUUUGUACAUUCACUCUUAUGUAUACCCUGUUUGGAGAGGAUUUUUUUAAAUACGGAAAAAAUUGGCCCGCGUCAAAAGAAGAUUAUGAGUUUGGGAAAAAAUGGAUGAAUUUGACGGAGAAGUUAGUUGCAGAGGGGAAGCUUAAGCCGCAUUCAAAGAGGGUGGGAAGUGGUGGUUUUGAUGGAAUAUUGAAGGGAAUGGAUGACCUCAGAGCAGGGAAGCUGAGUGGGAAGAAGAUGGUCUAUUUCAUAUGAAAAUCAACACCUGGUGGGGGCAAAAAGGCCACGAGCAACGGCUGCUUCGUGUACCUGUCACUUUCUUGAACACAAAUUCACUUGGAAGUAGCUCGUGGGCGUCUUCGUCUACCAAGACACAAAUUACCACGAUCUUCGCAUUAUCCCCUUUCCCUUGCAGAAAUCUGGAGCGCGGUUCCACGUGCGAUACUCGAGACAACGGCUG